GUUCUGCGAUACAAACUGUAAAGUAAUUUUUUUUUUUUAAACUUUUUACGAUGAAAUAAGAACCAUUAGUGGACCUGUCACGCCUUUCAAAAACGAUGUCGUUUUGUGUGGGUAAUACAGUACCCAAAAUUUAAUAGGCAUGCUAGGGUUAGAAAACAAUCACUACAGUUCGAAAUGCUAUCAAGAGAACAGUUGCUUCAUCUCUUCGAUCGAUUCUCCACUCUCACAUCUCAAAAUGAUGUCAAGAAACGAAUUGCAGAUGCUGUCAACGAUAACCAGGAAGCUGUAGCUGUGACCACUGCUAUACAGGAGGAAAUACUAAAGGAAAUGGGAGUUGAUCCAGCUUAUGGGCUUGCUUGCUUGGGGAAAAUAAACAUGGACUAUGAAAAUGAUCGGGAUUUAAUGGUUCGCUUUUAUGCAUUUGUAGCAAAGGAAGAAAUGGCAUGUGAAGAAGCCGAGCUUGGUCCAGAUGAAUAUUCCGAAAGAUUGCAAAUGCAACAAACAUUACAUUCACAUCAAUUGGAGAUGUUGAAACACAUGCGUAACUAUGGUGUGGAUCAUCAGUGUGCUAUCUUAGAGAAGUUGAGGCAGAAAAUGGAGAAAGAAGAAUUUGAAAAUGAAGCAUUUGUGUUUUCGGUGGAUGAAAUGAAUGAGAUUGUUGACAAUGGAGUGUAAAGGGGUUUUAUUUGUUUAUUAUGUGCUUUAUUUGGUUAAGUUAUUGUGUAUCACCAUUUUUAUUCUAGGAUUUGAAGCAUCAACAUUUUUAUGUUAAUUUAUUGGACAAAUUACAUAAAAGUCACUAUAUUUUGGUUUAAUCUCUGUUUUAGUUUUGUCGAUGAAAGGCACUCAAUUUUGACAUUUUUUUUUAAUGUUGACCGAUGUGAUUUGUUAUAACAGAGCAUGUUAAAGUGUU